AUGGGUUCCGUGAAAUGGCUAAUGUUCAAUUUACACGUUUGGAGCUCCAUGUCAGAUUUGGUUAUGAGUUUCAUCGGUAUACCAUACAUUCUGCUACCUGCUCCAGCUGGCUAUGGUUUGGGAUUAGUGGAUGCUCCACGACUGAUGGUCUAUUUUAUGGUUACCUUGUUAGCAGCUAUCGCUGCGUCGAUUGUCGCACUUUACGAAAAUCGCUUCUUCAUACUGUUCGCCCAGAAAUCGAGAUGGUCGUCUAUCCGAAAACCUUUCCUUCUUUUUAUAUUUACAAUUGUCCCUCUCGUUUUCCUCCCACCCUUUUUUAACCCUCCGGACCAAGAAACCAGUCUUCAAAUUGUUCUAAGCCAACUACCUUGUCAAUCUCCUGUCACUUAUAAGAACCGAAAAAUAUAUGUGUUAUCGUUGGAUUUGAUUCUUCUACUCGUCUGCAUCGCUACUGGAACCACCAUACACGCAAUUUCAAGUAUUACGUUUGGCACUUUGAUUUUUAUUAACUUGGUCACGCUGAGAAAUCGGAUACAAUCGGAAAAGGCCAUGGAGGUGCAUAGAAAGUUUGCACAUGCGCUAACUAUCCAGUCUGCCUUCUUGCUCUCCGUUGUUCUUGCACCUGUCCUUGCCCUUUUAUGGAUCAUGGCCACACAUCAUCACGAUCAAGCUCUCAACAAUUUCGUGUUUAUAACAUUAUCUCUUCACGGUGCUGGUUCCACUAUCAUGAUGAUAUUUGUACACAAACCAUACCGAGAUUUUACCUUUUCCAAAAUUUGUUGUUGUUUUGGCAAGUGGAAACAACUUGGCGAUGAGAUUAAAAGAAGCUCCCAUGUUAGUGUUAUAAUUUGA